GGGAGGGGAAGCCCGGGGCGACCGCCCCCCGCCCCACAGCUGGGUCCGGACUCUCCCGCCCCAGAUGUGGCGCCGCCACCGCCGUAGGAUCCCCCUUGCCAUCCAGCCAGGAGCCUGAGGCGCCCCGAGUCCUGGACCCAGGCAUCCGGAAUUUCUGCACCACGUCCGUAGAGACCUCGGAAUCCAGGUGCCCGGCACCCGGGCUUGAAGCUCUCAGGUAUCCAGCGCCCCCACCUGGGGGAGCCGGCGGCCCGCGACAUCAGUCCCCCGAGGGACCCUGGAGACCGAGCGUCCCGCAGCCCUGUUUGGAGGACUCGGGACCCGGAACCACAGACUCCCUCCAGGAGUCCGCAGGAGCCCGCGCCCAGGACCUCUGGGUUGGAGGAACUUGGGGUCGGGCCCUCCAGAGCCCCAGCGCGGCACUUUGGGGCUGCAGCGUCCACCACUUCGAGGGGGCUCUGGAAGUUGGAAGCCCUACGCUCCCGCCACUAGAGUGAGGGGAACUCGGGAGUCCCGCACGGCCCCACGCGGAAGACCCAGGGUCCCCAUCCGAGACUCAAGAGUCGAGGCUCCCGGCCCCCCAACUCAGGACACCGAGAACUUGGGCCCGCCGGCCCCCACUGCGCGGGAGACCCCGGAUUCUGGGGGCUGAAGCCCGAGAGCCCCCCGGAGCAGCGCGCUGGGGUCGGGCCGGACCCGGGCAGCCUCGGCCCGGGGGAGGUCGCUGCUGAGCCGCUCGCUCAGCCAUGCCCGAGGGAGCCCGGGGACCGAGCCCGCCCAAACCCAGCCUCCACCUCGGGUGUGGCCGCAGCGAGGAGGUGUGUGCCUGCGCAGCUGAGUGUGAGACUCGGACAGCCCCUGCAGCCCCCACCAUGGCUUCCCCCAGAGGGUCUGGGAGCUCCACGUCCCUGAGCACUGUGGGCUCUGAGGGGGACCCAGCACUGGGGCCCCCUCCGGCCUGUCCAGCCUCCAGGCCUGAGCCCCCGCCAGGGCCCCCCAUCCGCCUGGAUCUGUCGCCUGUGGGGCUCCCAGCAUCAGUGAAACCCUCGAGGUUGGAGCGUGUGGCCCGAGAGAUUGUGGAGACAGAGCGGGCCUAUGUCCGGGACCUUCGCAGCAUCGUGGAGGACUACCUGGGCCCUCUGCUGGACGGCGGGGUCCUGGGGCUGAGCGUGGAGCAGCUGGGCACGCUGUUUGCCAACAUCGAGGACAUCUACGAGUUCAGCAGCGAGCUCCUGGAGGACCUGGAGGGCAGCAGCAGCGCAGGAGGCAUCGCCCAGUGCUUCGUGCAGAGGAGCGAGGACUUUGACAUCUACACGUUGUACUGCAUGAACUACCCGAGCUCCCUGGCCCUGCUCCGGGAGCUGGCGCUGUCUCCGCCAGCAGCCCUGUGGCUGCAGGAGCGCCAGGCCCAGCUCCGCCACUCACUGCCCCUGCAGAGCUUCCUGCUGAAGCCCGUUCAGCGCAUCCUCAAGUACCACCUGCUGCUGCAGGAACUGGGCAAGCACUGGGCAGAGGGCCCGGGUGCCGGGGGCCGCGAGAUGGUGGAGGAAGCGAUCGUGUCCAUGACGGCGGUGGCCUGGUACAUCAAUGACAUGAAGCGCAAGCAGGAGCACGCGGCUCGCCUCCAGGAAGUGCAGCGGCGGUUGAGCGGCUGGACCGGCCCGGAGCUCAGUGCCUUCGGGGAGCUGGUGCUGGAGGGAGCGUUCCGAGGGGGCGGAGGAGGUGGCCCCCGGCUCCGUGGGGGUGAGCGGCUGCUCUUCCUCUUCUCACGGAUGCUGCUGGUGGCCAAGCGCCGGGGGCCGGAAUACACCUACAAGGGCCACAUCUUCUGCUGCAACCUGAGUGUGAGUGAGAAUCCGCGAGACCCCUUAGGCUUCAAAGUGUCGGAUCUGACCAUUCCCAAGCACAGGCACCUGCUCCAGGCCAAGAACCAGGAAGAGAAGAGGCUGUGGAUUCACUGCCUCCAGCGCCUCUUCUUUGAGAACCACCCCGCCUCCAUCCCUGCCAAGGCCAAACAAGUUCUCCUUGAGAACAGCCUGCACUGUGCUCCCAAAAGUAAGCCUAUCCCAGAGCCCCUGACACCCCCUCUUGGCUCCCCGCGGCCCCGCGAUGCCAGGACAUUCACCCCUGGACGGAGGCACACAGCUCCAUCUCCGGCCCCUACUGGCAGCCGCCGUGGCCGCAGGCAGUCCGAGCCAGUGAAGGACCCUUGUGUCGUGUUUGCACAGAACGAGAAGCCUAGAGUCAAGCAUGCUGGCAGCGAGGGGGAGCUCUAUGCACCUGCAGAGCCUCAGCCACUGGUUUCUGCUUGUGGACCCCCCGAGGACCCAGAGGAUGCGGGGCCCCCCACGCUCGACCCCACUGGGACCUCGAUCACGGAGGAAAUCCUGGAACUGCUGAGCCAGAGAGGCCUCCACGACCCGGGGCCAUCAGCCCUCAACGUUCCAGAGUUCCCCAGAGACUCCCCAGUGGCGGGCGACAGCGAGACCCUCACAUUCCAAGCCCUGCCCAGCCGGGACUCUUCCGAAGAGGAGGAGGAGGAAGAGUUGGCAAUGGAAGAGCGGGAGCCUUCCCCUCUCCACGUCCUGGAAGGGCUUGAAAGCUCCAGUGCAGCUGAGAUUGCCAGCAUUCCCAGCCUUCUCAGAAUUCCUGAUGCUCCCAACUCUGAAAUUCCCCAAGUUCCCUGCCUUCCCAGUCUCUCCGACAUCUCCAGUGUUUUUGAAAUGCCCUGCCUUCCAGCCAGGCCUAGCGUCCCCGACAUCCCCAGUCUCGCCAGCGCUCCCGCCCUGCCCUGUGACGCCUGGCUCCAGGGGCCCCUGCAGGAGCCGGCUGAGACUGCAGCCUCCCGGAGAGAACUGUUCCCCGCCGGAAACAACCCUGCGGCACUGGGGGAGCAGCCCUCGGGAAGCAGGGCCAAGCCGGAGGAGGAUGAAGACGGGGUAUCUUUCCCAGCCUUCCAGCCCGAGAGUGUCACCCGCGAUCGGCCGUUCCCAGAUGAGCUGGAAUUCCGCUCUUGCUCAGAAAUCCGGAGUGCAUGGCAGGCGUUGGAGCAGGGGCAGCUGGCCCGGCCAGGCUUCCCAGAGCCACUGCUGAUCCUGGAGGAUUCAGACCUGGGUGGAGGCAGUGGGAGCGGCAAGGCGGGAGGCCCGAGUUCGGAGAGGGCGGCGUCCCGGGUGCGAGAGCUGGCCCGGCUUUACAGCGAGCGCAUCCAGCAGAUGCAGCGGGCUGAGACCCGGGCAUCAGCCAACGCCCCCCGCCGCCGGCCAAGGGUCCUGGCCCAACCCCAGCCGACCCCCUGCCUGCCCCAGGAGCAGGCUGAGCCAGGGCCCCUGGCUGCCUUUGGACAUGUGCUGGUAUGUGAGCUGGCCUUCCCACUGGCCUGUGCCCAGGAGUCUGUGCCCCUGGGCCCUGCUGUCCGGGUCCAAGCUGCCACACCCCUGUCUAAGCAGGGAGGCCUCCUGGAUGGUCAGGAUCGAAAUGUUUCAGAUUUGUCUGAGCAAGACCACGUGGGCACCUGCAUUCCUGCACCUCCUACCCCUUUGCCUGAGAAAGGGGGGCCCCAAAGUUUCCAGGCUCCGGCCAUACAAGGCCCCCCAGCCAUCCACGUUCCAGCCGUUACAACGUUCCCUGAUCAAGGCUGCCUUGAAAUCGAAGUUCCAGCCCCCAGUCCUUCGGUUGAGCAUAGAAGCCGUGUGGAUGUACAGGCGCCCGGGGAGGGGCACCACCUGGACACCCCAGCUUCGCCCAAGCAGAGCUGCUGUCCUGCUGUCCAGGGGUCGGCCACCACUCCUUUGCUGGGGCAAGAAGACCACCUCGACGGCCAGAGCCCCAGCCGCACACCAGCAACUGUGCAAGGAGGCUCCAGGGAUGUUGGGGACCAAGCUGCUGACCCUUGGCUGAUGUGUGGAAGCAGCCUGGACCCUCCGAUCCCAGCCAGCAUCCCACCACCCUUGGUAUAUGACCUCUCAGACGCUCGGGUUCCAGAUGCGUCACCUUCGCCUGCCCAUGGACACCACCCAGACCCUCAGAUCCCAGCUGACACUCCACCACCGUCUCUGUCCCAAGACCCCCCAGACCCGAAGGCUCAAGCUGCCACAGCCUUGCCCCAGCCCCAAAGCCUCACAGACAUGCAGGUCCAAGCCCUCCCACCUUUGCCCAAGCAGAGUGGCCACCCGGACGGCCAGGAUGGGACUGCUGCAGCCCCGCUCCAGGAGCAAAGCCUCAGAGACACCCAGGCCCCGAAGCCCACAGCUCUGCUGGAGGAGGAGGGCCUCACCACGGUUCCGGAUGCCACAGCGCUACCAGAGCAAGGAACCUCCCUGGACACUCAGGGCCAGUCAUCCAGCCCAGUGGAGACCACUGUGGUUUUGUCCAAACCAGGAAGCCACGUGGUCUCUCCUGUUGCCAGGUCAGAGUCUUCAGACUUCACCCCACCCCAUAGCCCCCCACCCCCCACCCGCCAGCUCCUGGGCCCCAGUGCAGCUGCUCUCUCCCGGUACCUGGCAGCCUCGUACAUCAGCCAGAGCCUGGCUCGGCGGCAGGGGCCUGGGGGAGAGGCCCUUGCAGCCUCCCGGGGCCCCUGGCCCUCCUCUGCCCCCACAUCACGGGCACCUUCCCCACCGCCCCAGCCCCAGCCCCCACCACCCCCAGCCCGGCGGCUCAGUUAUGCCACCACAGUCAGCAUCCAGGUUGGGGGUGGUGGGCGGCUGCGGCCGGCCAAGACCCAGGUCAGGUUAAACCACCCUGCUCUCCUGGCCCCCACCCAGGAAUCUGUAGGCCUUCGCAGGGCCCAGGGGGCUCCCGAGGCCCCUUUUCCCACGUGAACGGGGACAGCAGGCCUCCCCCAAAGCAAGGACUACAAUCGGAUGCCACAGGCCCCCAGAACUUCAUGCAGAAAUCCAGAUUGC